CUUUUUUCCCUCCCCCAGACACACGCAACACAAGGCAAACGCAUUCAACAAUCUCUUUCUCUGUCUACCUCCUCCGUGCGGGUCUCUGGGGUUUCAAUCUUCGUCUUCGAUUGAAUCGCUAGGGUUUCGAUUCUUGUAUGUUCUCUGGUCGUGUUUCAAUUUGAAUUAGGAAAUUUAAAAAAAGAUGGUGCUUUCUCAGAGGAUUCACGAAGCAUUUAAAGGAACAGUGGAGAGAAUAACAGGGCCUCGAACCGUCUCUGCUUUUAAGGAGAAAGGAGUUUUGAGCGUCUCCGAGUUCAUCAUCGCCGGCGAUAAUCUCGUCUCCAAAUGCCCUACCUGGUCUUGGGAAUCAGGAGAGCCAAGCAAGAGGAAGUCCUAUCUACCGGCCGAAAAGCAAUACUUGAUUACCCGAAAUGUCCCUUGCCUAAGGAGGGCUGCAUCGGUGGAAGAAGAAUAUGAAGCUGCUGGAGGAGAGAUUCUCCUUGAUAAUGAAGACAAUGAUGGUUGGUUGGCGACUCAUGGCAAACCUAAAGAUAGGAGUGAUGUGGAGGAAAACUUGCCUUCAAUGGAGACUUUGGAAAUUAGGCAGAAGGAGACCGUAAGAUCUAUACCUUCAUAUUUUGGGGGCGCUGAAGACGAAGAAGAUAUACCCGACAUGGCUGAUUAUGAAGAAGCUGACAAUGUUAUUGAGACUGAUGCAGCAACUCUACAAUCAACAUACCUUGUUGCUCAAGAGCCUGAUGAUGACAAUAUUUUACGGACCCGAACCUAUGAUGUCAGCAUCACGUAUGAUAAAUACUAUCAAACACCUCGCGUGUGGCUUACUGGGUAUGAUGAGUCAAGGAUGCUUUUACAACCAGAGCUUGUUCUGGAGGAUGUUAGUCAGGACCAUGCACACAAAACGGUUACUAUUGAGGACCAUCCUCACUUACCUGGGAAGCAUGCAUCCGUACAUCCAUGCAGACAUGGGGCUGUGAUGAAAAAGAUCAUUGAUGUGCUGAUGUCACGUGGAGUGGAACCUGAAGUUGAUAAGUAUCUUUUCUUGUUCUUGAAAUUUGUUGCCUCCGUAAUUCCGACAAUUGAGUAUGACUACACCAUGGACUUUGAUCUUGGUAGCUCCAGCACUUGAUUAGAGCUAUGGAUUGACAAUCUGGAGCUGGUUUAUUAUCUUUGGUAUUCGUGUAAUGCUGAAACCACUGCUUGUAAUGUCUUCAAUGCAACCAAGUGUACCCAGCGCCUGCUAAUCACCCUUCCUUGCAUGCACUACUUGACCAAAUUAUAGAGUUCUGGCGCUUUUGCUUUUUAUGUUUGUUCAUGACGUACUAAGGGCCGCCACACUUGUAAAUAGCACAUCUGUUACCAGACUGGAACUUUCUUUUCCACAUUGUUAUUAUUAUUUAUUAUAGUGAGUUGAUUUUACGUAGUAAACUUUAA